AACCUACAUGGUAAUACAUAUAAGUAUGCCGACACGUAUUUGCAUUUUGGCAUUAAUUGGCUUGCCCGCAGCAGGUAAAACAACAUUUUGUAAAUGGGUUGCAUUGAUGUCAAAAAGUUCGUUCAAUGUCAUUCAUAUUUGUUAUGAUGAUCAUCUGCAAUUACCACAAAACUCUGCUAGCAAAGAUUUUCAAUUUAGAGAUCAACGUACCGAAAUCUUGUCAACAAUAAGCUCAUUAGUGGGCGCAUUAAAUAACAACGGCACAGUUCCGGAUCAUAUUAAUUUUUAUGUAAAAAAUUCGGAAAAUUCAAAAUGUCGUGACUACUUGAUCCUGUGUGAUGACAACAAUUAUUAUCGUAGCAUGAGAUAUAAGCUGUAUCAGUUGUGCAAGCAAAAUAAAUGUGCUUAUGGCCAAAUUUAUUUUAACUGCGAUUUACAAUUGGCGCUGAUUCGAAAUAAUACAAGAGGUUCUCAGAACCGAGUGUCGGAUGAAAUUUUAAAACGAAUGGAAAACCGACUUGAGAAGCCUACCGAUUCACAGCAACACUGGGAGGCUAAUACAUUCAUUUUGGAUGCAAGCGAAAAUUACGAAGCAAAAAAAAUGGAGAUUCUUAGAUAUCUUUGCAAAACAUUUGAAAAUGUUCCAGAAUCACAAAUGGUCGACACGAAAGUAGGAACAGAGCAGUCACUUGCGCAUAAACUAGAUUUGUUACUACGAAGAAGAAUUCGCGAAAUCUUACAAUCAAAGGAAGAUACAGCUGGGCGCCAAAAAAUUGCGCAAAAUUUAAAUGCUAAACGCCAGCAAAUAUUGCAUGAAAUAAGGUCAAAAGCCGAGGAAAAUAACCUAAAAAUCGAUGACAUUGACAAGUACGUGAACUUGCUACAUUAAUGUGCUAUUAGAAACUUACUAUACUGUUUUAUUGUCUGUAGAUAUGUGUAUUGUGAAAUUACCAUCCACCCACUAAAACAUUUUAGUUUAAUAUUUGGUUUUUAUUGAAUAAAGAGAUGCUACGU